CGGCAGGCGCAGGAUGUCGGCGGUGCUGUACGUGCUCUCCACGCUGGGUGGAUACGUCCUCACCUCAGCUCUGCUCCUCAAGUGUCCGGGGCUGCUCCACCGGCCCAAGCGGCAGCGCUUCCGUUGCCGGCACAUCUCCCACCGCGGCGGUGCUGGAGAAAACCUGGAAAACACAAUGGCAGCCUUUCACCAUGCGGUUAAUAUAGGAACAGACAUGUUGGAGUUGGAUUGUCACCUGACAAAAGAUGAGCAAGUGGUUGUGUCCCAUGAUGAGAACUUGAAGCGAUCAACAGGAGUUGAUGUCAACAUAUCUGACCUCAAAUACUCUGAACUUCCACCAUAUCUCUGCAAGUUGGAUGUCACCUUUCAGAAAGAAUGUCACUGUGAGGGAAAAGAUAACCGUAUUCCACUCCUGAAAGAGGUGUUUGAGGCAUUUCCACAAACUCCUGUCAACAUUGACAUCAAAGUGAACAACAAUGUGUUGAUCAAAAAGGUUUCUGAGCUGGUGAGUCAGUAUAAGAGAGAGCAUUUGACAGUAUGGGGGAAUGUCAAUUACGAGGUCGUAUCAAAGUGUCUUAAGGAGAACGCUGAUAUUCCCAUCAUCUUCUGUUUGCAACGUGUCCUCCUGCUUCUUGGCCUGUUCUACACUGGUCUGCUGCCAUUCAUUCCUUUCAAGGAAGAAUUCUUGGAGAUUCCCAUGCCUUCAAUCAUCCUCAAGCUGAAAGAACCACAGAAAGUGACAAGAAGCCAGAAAUUUAUUAUCUGGCUAGCUGACACACUGCUGAUGCGGAAGGCACUGUUUGACCACCUCACUGCUCGAGGCAUUCAGGUGUAUAUUUGGGUACUGAAUGAAGAACAAGAAUACAAGAGAGCAUUUGAUCUAGGAGCAACUGGAGUGAUGACAGACUAUCCAACAAAACUUAAGGAGUUUUUACAUAAUUAUCCAGCAUAAAUGAAGAAAUCCUAGGAAGUUCUUGCAGAUUGUGAGCCAAGGAUUUUCUCCAUUCAAAACAAAAAAAGAGCAGCAUACACAGAUCACUUUGAAAGAUGUAACUGGAUGAUCUGCUACCUUGUUGUCAGGUUACUACCUAAUGUAAAGGCUGUCUAUUUAUUUUAAAACUUUAAUUACAUAGUUUACAUUUGUAAAUAGUUCAUUUAGCAAUAGCACACUUCACAUAUAGUGAUGACUAGGAAGGAACUUGCUGGAUUGGAUACCUGUAGAUAAUAAACGUUAUUUUAGCUGUCACAAGUGUUCCUAAGCAGAUGUCAAGACAUGUCAGUUCCCAGUUAUAUUCUAGUGGGCAGAAGCUAAGGAAUUCCUGAAAGUACUCUCUGUGUAUGCAUUUCUUGUGUUGCUUUUAGUUUUCAGAUAACCUGUAGGGCAUAAAAGAAAACGCACAGGAGAAGCAGAGAGUGGAAUCUGUGGCUAGCCGAACAGUGUAGCCUGUGAAGUGUAGUCCAUAAAGGUGGUCACUUUUUUACCAAAACAAACUCAUUUGGUCAGUGUAGAUUUACUCUAUUAUUCUUACUGCUAAGAAUGUUGAACUUGAGUCACAGCUGUACAUAGAACCCUUUCUGCUGUGAUGGCAAUGCUUGACUCACCGGUCAAGUUCCAAGUGUGGUAUUUAAGCCAGGUUCUUGAUCUGACACUGACUUCUGCUGCAAGGGUCUAGGUUUGCUGCUUGUGCUGACCUGCCUGUCAGGCUACUGUGGCAUAGUAAAACCUGGCUUUCCAGAAAGGAAGAUUGCACUUUCUGGAGAUUACACUUACUUUGAAGUAGUCUUUUCAUAGAGGAAACCAAUAUUCUGGGAGUCUUUUGCACAUCUGUAGUUCUAACAUCUGUGGUGUUGAUGAUGGAAAGUUGGUUUUAGGUUUGAGGGACCAAAGAAGACUAAGUUUGGUUAGGAGUUUCAAGAACACAUUUAAAUGUUCCUACUAAAUGAAUUCCCCCAAAGCAGAUUUAUAUGCAUACUUAUAAAAAGAGCAAGUGUCAGUCUAGAGUGUGUAGAUUUUAGUCUUUUCUCUCCACGGAAGAACAUUAAAUAUUAACUAAGCUCAUGUGCAUGGACGUGGAAGUAACGUUACUGGCAAAAGCCAGGGAACCCCAAGUGUGAUGGAAUGGGGUUAGAUAAGAAGGUAUUUCUGGAAACUUACAUGCUGUUCUGUCCCUGUGAACAGGUGUUAUGCAUGUGUCAAGCAGAUUUGCGCCUGCAAUGCCUGUGUGUUUCAGUGUUGUCAUGUUAGUGGUAGGGGUUUUCAGAAGGAAUUUGGAUAUUGUAGCUCAGUUACACAUGAUGACAUGUAUAAAGCUCAGUCAUUUCAUCAUCAGGUACUGCUGGACAAAACUAUGUUUAGUGAUAGUUUUUACUUCUUUAAGGAGCAUUAUGUGAAAAUUAUGGAUCUUAAUAGUACAUGCAGUAGCCAAAUGCAAGAAUAUAUUUCCUGCAGGGUAUAGUCACUGUGAUAAAAACUUAUAAAGUAAGUAAUUUCUUAUCCCUUGCUAGCUCAGAUUUGAAAGGGUUCCUGUAUCACUGUACUGGCUGCUGUCCCAUACUUGUAAUCAUGGAGCACCUUUGCUUGUCAGUAGGCUGGCAGUUAGAACAUGAAGUCUAUUUGGAUGGAUAGUAUUUGUUUCUGCAUUGCAAUUUCUUUCUAAGGAGUAUUUCUGUGUGGAUAAAGUGGAAGAAACUACUGCAUUUAUGAUUUAAGUGAACAUGGGAUGAUAGCAAAUGAAUUGAGUUUGCCAGUCACGGAGGUGAGACCGAUUGGUCUGUAAUUCCCUGGGUCAUCCAUUUUCCCCUUCUUGAAAAUGGGGGUUAUAUUUCCCU